ACAGUUCCUGCGUCGGAAUCUUGUGAGCAUAGUCUUUCCCACCAUAAGCAUUACGCUUAUUUUUCUUGACUGGAACCACACUCGCAAGUGGAAAGCUCAACAGAUCAAAGUAUAAAAUGGCCAUCUUCGGCAUCACUCCUCGCUUCAUUUGGUUUGGUGUUCCGAUGACAGGGUUCUUCAUAGGCAAAUUUCUGGAUGACCAAGAAACCUUGAGGAUGACGAGCUUCCGUGAUAAGUCUGCUUUGUUUGGAGGCAGAGUCAAAGAAGGUGAUCCACCAACCUGGCCAUAAAUGAUAAUUAUGUAGGUUUGUUGCAAAUAAAUUUAGUGUACAAUAA